GGAAAGUGUAGGACUAAGUAAACGCUAUCGUGUUCUUUAUUUAAUUUUCAGGCUUCUUUUUAAGAAAUUCCGACCGGUUAUCGGGGACUAGAGUUCCGGUCACCGUCGCCGGAGACACACCUCGGUUUCAAUACAAGAAAAAACCAUCGUGAAGGACGGGAAAAAGAAGCUUGAAGAUAAAACAAUGACGAGCGUUUUCGACGAACCCAAACCCUCCGAGGACAACCCUCAUGAGUCCAAAGUCGUUAUCCACGGUGAAGAAGAGGAAGAGAAUGAUAGUCCGAUUGAAGAAGUCCGGUUAACUGUUCCGAUAACCGACGAUGCAACACUACCGGUUCUAACGUUCCGAACAUGGUUUCUUGGUCUUCUCUCUUGUAUAUUGCUAGCGUUCGUGAACCAGUUCUUUAGUUUCCGGUCGAACCAGCUUUGGGUGUCUUCAGUUGCGGCUCAGAUCGUGACACUUCCCUUAGGGAAACUCAUGGCUGCUACGCUUCCGACAAAGAAAUUUGGGUUUCCUGGGACGAACUGGUCGUGGUCGUUUAAUCCUGGUCCGUUUAAUGUGAAGGAACAUGUUCUUAUCUCGAUAUUUGCUAAUACCGGUGCUGGAGGUGCUUAUGCGACCAGUAUUGUAACCAUUGUUAAAGCUUUUUACCACCGUCAACUCAGUGUCGCCGCUGCUAUGUUGCUCACACAAACCACUCAGUUGUUGGGAUAUGGAUGGGCAGGAAUCUUCAGGAAGUUCCUCGUUGAAUCUCCUUACAUGUGGUGGCCGUCGAACCUGGUUCAAGUCUCACUCUUUAGAGCUUUACAUGAGAAGGAGGACCUACAAAAAGGACAACAAACAAGACUAAAGUUCUUCCUGGUUGUCUUCGGCGUGAGCUUUGCUUACUACAUCAUCCCUGGUUUCCUCUUCCCUUCCAUCUCCGCAAUCUCAUUCGUUUGCUGGAUUUGGAAAAGCUCAGUGACCGCUCAGAUACUCGGUUCAGGGCUCAAAGGUUUAGGCAUUGGUUCCUUUGGUCUUGACUGGUCCACGGUUGCUGGGUUCUUAGGCAGUCCACUGGCUGUGCCAUUCUUCGCCAUAGCCAACUUCUUUGCUGGAUUCUUCAUCUUCUUGUACAUUGUUCUACCUAUCUUUUACUGGAGCAAUGCUUACGAUGCGCAGAAGUUUCCCUUCUACACCUCCAAAACGUUUGAUAUGACUGGUCAGUCCUACAACAUUACCCGUAUCCUCAACGAGAAGGACUUCGAUAUCAAUCUUGAUGCUUACAAUGACUACAGCAAGCUCUACUUGAGUGUGAUGUUUGCUUUGCUCUAUGGACUCAGCUUUGGUUCUCUUUCCGCUACCAUCUCUCAUGUCGCCCUCUAUGAUGGAAAGUUUAUAUGGGGAAUGUGGAAGAAGGCAACGACAGCAACAAAGGACAAGUUCGGAGAUGUGCAUUCAAGACUGAUGAAGAAGAACUAUCAAGCAGUACCUCAAUGGUGGUUCAUCGCAAUUCUCAUUAUCUCCUUUGCUCUGGCACUCUACGCUUGUGAGGGCUUUGACAAGCAGCUUCAGCUUCCAUGGUGGGGACUUAUACUCGCAUGUGCCAUCGCCAUGUUCUUCACAUUGCCUAUCGGAGUUAUCCAAGCAACUACCAACCAGCAGAUGGGUCUUAAUGUUAUAACAGAACUGAUCAUCGGUUACUUAUACCCAGGAAAGCCACUAGCCAAUGUGUCUUUCAAGACCUACGGAUACAUUAGUAUGUCUCAAGCCUUGUACUUCGUGGGAGACUUCAAGCUUGGUCACUACAUGAAGAUUCCUCCAAGAUCUAUGUUCAUCGUCCAGCUUGUUGCAACCGUGGUUUCAUCAUCCGUCUGCUUCGGAACAACCUGGUGGCUCAUUUCCUCCGUGGAGAACAUAUGUAACACGGAUUUGCUCCCAGUGGGUAGUCCAUGGACUUGUCCUGGAGAUGAAGUGUUUUACAAUGCAUCGAUCAUAUGGGGAGUGAUCGGUCCAAGGAGAAUGUUUACCAAAGAAGGUAUCUACCCAGGGAUGAACUGGUUCUUCCUCAUCGGUAUCUUGGCACCAGUUCCCUUCUGGUACCUAUCCAAGAAGUUCCCAGAGAAGAAAUGGCUCAAACUUAUCCACAUCCCCUUGAUCUUCUCAGCAGUGAGCCCAAUGCCACAAGCCAAGGCUGUGCAUUACUGGUCAUGGACCAUUGUUGGGGUUGUGUUCAACUACUACAUCUUCAGGAAGUUUAAAGGUUGGUGGGCGAGGCACAACUACAUCCUCUCUGCAGCGCUUGAUGCAGGUACUGCGAUCAUGGGAGUGUUGAUAUUCUUUGCGUUUCAGAACAAUGAUAUAAGCAUACCUGAUUGGUGGGGGCUUGAGAACUCUGACCAUUGCCCUCUCGCGCACUGCCCGACAGCUAAAGGUGUUGUUAUUGAAGGCUGUCCUGUGUUUUAAGGUUGAUGCAGAUGCCCAAAUGGGUUAAUGUCGAUAUUUAAAAAAAAAUGUUUUAAUGAUCGCUAUAUGUUCAAAACCCUGUCCCAAAGAUGUUUAGCGAUUCAGGCAAUGUAAAAUACUAGAUUUGGUUUCAUGUUCUUAAAGAUUUAAUUAUGUACUUCGCAAGUUUAAGAGCAACAACAGCCAAAUAAAGUAGAGCUUUCA